AUGCGGGGACAGCCCCGAAACCUGGGCCCCUGGGCCAGGCGCGCCGAGGAGGAAGAGGGCCGACUCCGAGGCAGGGACCGUGCACAAAAGCCACUUUCGACUGGAAGGCUGGGAAGGAGCGACACUUCCCGGCAACGGGCUCAGCAUGACACGGUACCAGCCACGCCACACAUCGGUGGGAGGGACAUAGAGUACAGCGCAGGCAGCCUCCUGCUGGUGUCCCCAGCUAGGCCCCAGGAGCUGGAAAUACGGCCUUGUCCUUGCUCCCAGUACGAAAAACCUUUCUCACCCAAGUAUCUGCAGAACUGGUCUCUUGCGAAGCCAACAAAAGAGAGGAUUUCUUCCCAUGAAGGCUACACUCAGAUUAUUGCCAAUGAUCGUGGUCAUCUGUUGCCUUCAGUGCCCCGUUCCAAGGCAAGUCCUUGGGGCUCCUUCAUGGGCACCUGGCAAAUGCCUCUGAAGGUACCCCCUGCUCGGGCGACCCUGACCUCCCGUACAGCUGCUGGUGCUGCCUCCCUCACCAAAUGGAUACAGAAAAAUCCUGAUUUACUUAAGGCCUCCAAUGGGUUGCGUCCUGAAAUCUUCGGCAAGCCCCAUGAUCCAGACAGUCAGAAGAAACUCAGGAAGUCUAUCACAAAGACUGUACAACAAGCACCAAGUCCCACCAUAAUCCCAAACUCCCCAGCCUCAAAUCUCAAUUCCCCAGAUCAACUCCAAAGCUCACAUCCCUCUGCAGGUCACACUCCAGGUCCCCAAAGCCCACUCUACUCUCCAAAGUGCCCACCUGGAAGCCCGUGUUUGCCCCAUGCAGGCCGUAAUCUAGCCGAGGUCCAGAAAUGCAAACCUGCAACUCCGUAAGGGACUAAGGUACUGAGUGGCUUGAGGAAGACCCCCCCUAAUCAGAGAAAUUACAGAUGGGAAUAAAGGCAAAUUUGUAAAAUAAACUUUUUUUGUUAUUGGAAUAUAGUUGCUUUACAAUUUUGUGUUAGUAACACUGUAUGUUGAAUCUUUUACUGACUUGAAAUUUUUCUCUUCAGCUCUUUAGGUAGGAGGUAGAUGGGCACCCCCCACCUCACUCCCCCAAGGUAAAGCGAUUGGAGAUUCAUUCCCUAUAAACUGAAACUCCACUCCAAGACAAUAGCAGGACAAUUAAGGGAGGAGGCUGGGCCCUGUUCAAACCACUUAUUUCUCACUCUGGGAGUCAGACCUCCCCAACCACACAUGCGCAGAAAGGCUCCUUGCAGGCAGAAGCAGGGAGCAAUGUCAAGGGAUGCUCUACCCAUAACGCCUUUUCAGUAGAAUCCACCUUGGCUAAGAGAUGUGUGCACUCACCUGAGAGAAUACUGAUAUACCACAUAUGGACUGUGAACCAGACAAAUCAAAAUGAUUGGCUAAAGGACACCAACAAGAAAUAACUCAUAAUUCAAACCGCUUCAAGGGUGCAAGUCUGGGACAGUCUGCCUGUGUGCCUAUCCACAUGUAUUAGACUCUUUUUCCUCUUAAUAAAUACCUUACUUGCUUCA